CUUAAGAGAGAGAAAGAAAGAAAGAUCAAAACUUUGGAAUGUGGAGUAUCCAGAACUACUUAGACCACCAAAAAAAGGGCAAAAAUUUUGAGGAUUACAAGCUAGUUGUAGCUAAUACAAAUAUAUUGUUAUUGGUGGGUUUUAGUUUAUUUUGCUGAUGAGUGAGCUCAAGAAAUCAGUUUAUUACAUAGUAUAAUCUUUAUUGUAGUGGAGAAGAAAUAUAUGGGCUCAAUGAAUUCAAACAAUUGGUUGUCUUUUCCUCUUUCUCCUACACAUCCUUCACUUCAAUCACAUCUUCAAACCAAUGAUUCACAACCUCAUCAACAAUUCUCCUUGGGUCUUGUAUCUGACCACAUUGACAACCCCUUUGGUCAAGCGCAAGAAUGGAACUUGCUCAAUCCACAAGGGCCAAAUGAAGUACCCAAAAUAGCAGAUUUCUUAGGAGUAGGGAAUUCAGAAACUCAUCAUUCACCAGACCUUACAGCGUUCAGUGACAUGAGCCAAGGUGGUGAAUCAGAUUAUCUUUUCUCCGGCAACGGCGGCGGCUUAAUGGCGGUGCAAAACACCGUAGCAGCAGCUACUAAUAGUAGCCAAUAUGAUCAAUACCAAGAGAACUCUAAUAAUUGCUUGCAAUCUUUGACUCUAUCAAUGGGAAGUAGUGGACAACAGCCUCAACAACAGCAACAACCACCUUCAAGCACUAAUAAUUGUGAGACUAGUGGUGACAAUAAUAGCACCGCUAGUGUCGCCGCCUCUACUGCCGCCACUGUCACCACCGCGAUUACUCCUGUGGUUGAAGCCACCCCUAGGAGAACCUUGGAUACUUUUGGCCAAAGGACUUCUAUUUAUAGAGGUGUUACAAGGCAUAGGUGGACAGGAAGAUAUGAAGCUCAUCUUUGGGAUAAUAGUUGUAGAAGGGAAGGACAGUCAAGGAAGGGUCGUCAAGUGUAUCUUGGAGGGUAUGAUAAGGAAGAGAAGGCCGCUAGGUCUUAUGAUUUAGCUGCAAUCAAGUAUUGGGGAACUUCAACUACUACAAAUUUUCCAAUAAGCAACUAUGAGAAAGAAAUAGAAGACAUGAAACACAUGACUAGACAAGAAUUUGUAGCAGCUAUUAGAAGGAAGAGUAGUGGAUUCUCUAGAGGUGCAUCAAUUUAUCGUGGUGUAACAAGACACCAUCAACAUGGGAGAUGGCAAGCAAGAAUUGGAAGGGUGGCAGGAAACAAGGAUCUCUACUUAGGAACAUUUAGCACAGAGGAAGAGGCUGCAGAAGCUUAUGAUAUCGCGGCUAUCAAGUUUAGAGGCCUUAAUGCUGUGACAAAUUUUGACAUGAGCCGGUAUGAUGUUAAAGCCAUCCUAGAGAGCAACACUCUUCCCAUAGGAGGAGGGGCGGCGAAGCGCCUUAAGGAAGCUCAAGCUAUAGAAUCCUCUAGGAAGAGGGAAGAAAUGCUUGCCCUAAGCAAUAGUAGCUACCCAUAUGGAGCUAGUAGCUCGAGCUCGACUCGAUAUGGAGCCCAUCAACAAGCAACAAAUCAUGCAUACCCUUUGUUACCAUACCACCAUCAAGACCAUCAACCACAACCUUUGCUAACCCUACAAAAUAACCAUGGUCAAGAAAGCAAUAUUUCCCUAUCACAUUACUCUCAAGAGGCUCAAUUCCUUCAGUUGUACCAACAAUCAAGUUACUCAAACCCUAGUAGCAUGUACAACAAUUACCUCCAAACUAACCCUAGUUUGCUUCAUGGGUUCAUGAACAUGGGCUCAAACUCUUGUGGUGUUAUUGAUACUAACAAUACUAAUGGAAGUUCAAGUGGGAGUUAUAGUGGUGGAGGGUACCUUGGUGGUGGGGCUGGGAUCAAUGCCAUGGGUGCCGCCUCGACAACGAGCAAUGCGGUGGUUUCCGGUGAACCGGAGCCACUUGCAUUGGUGAAGGUGGACUAUGAUAUGCCUUCUGCUGGUGGUGGUGGAGGAAGUUAUGAGGGGUGGUCAACUGAGACGGUUCAAGGACCUAAUAAUGGGGUUUUUACAAUGUGGAAUGACUAAUUAUAUUAAUGAUCAUGUUAAAAGAUGUUUUUGCAUGAGAUUGAGGGGAAAAUAUCAAAGGAGUUAGAGUUAUUACUACAUCUUUAAUUAGUUGCUUUAUUUUACUUUUUCUUUUUGUUUUUAAACUUGGAAUUAAGAGGAUGAUCAAUAGGUUCAUUCUAAAUGGGAAAGUUAAGUGAGGGAUUAUGGUUCAA